AUGGCUAACAUCAGAACUAGUAAUCAGAAUGAAGUUCAUAUGCGAUCAAAGACUAUAAAUAACUGUAUUCACAGAGCACGCAGUCGUCGCUACUGCAUCGUGUAUAUAAGGGACGAGGAGACGCCAGAGCUGCAUCAGUCGUCAUGGCAGCCUCCACCAAAUCUCUCCUGUUCCUCUGUCUGGCUCUCGUGGUUGUGGCCGCGAUGGCGCAGGAACCUGCAGACGUACCAGCUGUCCCUAGCGGAGAUGCCGCCAGCAACCAGGAGCCGGUACAGCCGGUGGUGGGCGACGGAGCUGCUGGGGACCAGGCGCUGCAAGACCGCUGGAGGGCGUCCAUUUCCUUCCACAGUGGCUGAGUGGACUGCUGGCACAUUCCAGAAAUAGGAGGCUCUAGUUUCUCAUAAACGUUUCUUCCAUUACGGUUUACACAUUUAAAAUACUUUUCCUGUUUCUAUAUCAAGAGCUUCCUUUUCAUUUUUCAAAACGGUAAACGAAAAUGUAUUACAAAAGAAUGAAUAAACUUUAGAAUUCAAAAAUGUA